AUGACACCAAAUAUCAAAACUUUGAGUUGUACUUGUGAUGUGAUUCAAUUGUUUUUGAUAGACUUACAAUUUGAUGGUAUUUAUCAGUCAUGGAUAUAUGGUAAUACAAAAUUAGUUAUAGAUAGACCUACAAUGCCUGCAAUUGAAAGUUCUAUAAUCCAUUUUAUGUCAUUAGAAGAACAAGUAUCUAGGCUCAUGGAAGAUUAUAAAAAAAGAAGUAGUCAAUUUACACCUCCGAGGCAGAUUCAGUAUAUGAGAGAACCAUUAACUAUGACUCAAUUCAAUAAAUUACUCAAAUGA